CUCUUCAUCCUACAACUUUGAUGUUGUAUCGGAGAAUAUGCAGGCUGGUUUUUGAAGAAAUACAUACCCAAACAAUGGAUUCUCAUUUAGAUUAUCCUUGUGAAAACGUUUAACUUAAGACCUCUAUCGGUGAAAAACAAUAUGUCUUCCAGUGAAGAUACAUAUAUUGAAUCAAAACAUGGUAAACUUACCGGAUUUGGAGACACGUGCCUCAGAUCAGUCUGUUCAGAAACCUUUCACCUGUGGGAUGUGUUUGAAGAGUUCCUUGUCUAAACAAUGGAUUCCAACAUAGAAUAUACUUUACAAAGAUUUUAACUGAAGACCUCUAUCGGGGGAAAAACAACAUGUCUUCCCGUGAAGACGCAUACGUUGAAUCAAACCAUGGUAAGAACUUACCGGAUUUGGAGACACUUGCCUCAGAACAGUCUGUUCAGAAACCGUUCACCUGUGGGAUGUGUUUGAAGAGUUUCUCGUACAAGGGCAACAUCAAGCAGCACAUGAGAACCCACACUGAGGAACGACCAUUCCAAUGUGAAAUGUGUGGGAAAGGAUUUCUCCGGAAGGACUCCCUGACGCAGCACGUGUUGAUUCACACGGGCGUCAAGAACUUCACGUGUGAAGAGUGCGGGAAACGCUUUCGUCUUAGGAAAUACCUGAAACACCACAUGUCCAUUCAUACUGGCAACACCUUCAAAUGUGAGGCAUGUGCGAAGUGUUACACGCAGAUUUCCCAGCUGAAUCAGCACCGGUUGGUUCACAUGGGUGUGAAGCCUUUUAAAUGUGAGAUGUGCGAAAGGUCGUUCUCGCAGAGCUUCCAGCUGAAACACCAUAUGUUGACUCACACUGGUGUUAAGAGCUUCAAAUGCGAAGUGUGUGAAAAAUGCUUCUAUCAGCAUUCCAGCUUGAAACGGCAUAUGUUGGCUCACACGGGCGUCAAACCUUUCCAGUGCGAGGUGUGUGCGAAAUGUUUCCUGAGGAGUAGUGACCUGAAGACACACACGUUGGUUCACACGGGCGUCAAGAACUACAAAUGUGAGGAGUGCGGAAAAUAUUUCUCACAGAGCUCCAAUUUGAAACAGCAUAUGUUGGUUCACAGUGGUAUUAAGCCGUUCAUAUGCGAUGUGUGUGCCAAGUCUUUCACCCAGGGCGUCAGCUUGAAGAACCACAUGCUUCUGCACUCAGAGGUGAAACCUUUCAAAUGUGAGCUGUGUACAAAGCGUUUCUCGCUAAGUUCUUACCUAAAGGAACACAUGGCCGUGCACACCGGCAUCAAGCCGUUCGUGUGCGAGCUGUGUGCAAAACGAUUCUCCCAGAAGAAGCUCUUGAAAAGACAUAUCUUCAUCCACUCCGGUGUCAAGCCGUUCAAAUGUGAGAUGUGUGAGAAGUGUUUCUCACGCAGCACCCACCUGAAGCAGCACACACUGGUGCAUACCGGGGUCAAGUCUUUCACGUGCGGCACGUGCGGGAAGUGUUUCUCCCAGCGCGAUCAGCUGAAUCGACACAUGUUGAUUCAUACUGACAAUGAAACUUUAAAAUCUGAUGUGUGUGUAUCAGAAAAAUCAACCUCCACAGAGGAUCUUCAGUUUGAGAGUUCAGUGUACUACUAACUGAGCUAAUAGGGGAAUUCCCGCUAGCUAAGCUACUGCCAGUAGGAUCACUUUAUACCAACACUACUACACGUGCACAGAAGGUUUCUCGAAGCCCGCUAGCUUGAAGCAUCAAAUGUCCAUUCACGACAAUCACAGUAAUAUGUAGUUAGAUGCGAGGCCGUAGCUAGAACUUUUAAAAAAGAAACUUUAAAACGUGAUGUGUGCACAGAAGGUUUCACGGCGCCCGCUAGCUUGGAACAUCGUAUGUCCAUUAACGAUAAUCACAGUAAUAUAUAGUCUGAUGCAGGGCCGUAGCUAGGAUUUUUAUAAAAGCCUAAGACAUUAGUGAGUCCUGGGGCAUGCCCUCCUGAACAUUUUGAAAUCUAGAGGCUUUCAAAUACCAUUUUGCAGCCAUUUAAGGGAGGUUACAUACUUAAAAACGUCUGUAUCAAUAACCAGUAAGUUUCUAUUAUUUUUAUCGUCAGCUAGGGCUCUGAGAUGUAAAGGUCAUGGGGAAGAACGGUUUGAGGUUUGAGGCGCCUGCUAGCUUGAAACAUCAUAUGCCCAUUCACGAUAAUCACAGUAAUAUAUAGAGGAUAUUUCAUGUUUUUUUGGUCAAAUAUGAUUUAUAUCUCAUCAAGUGAAGUUUGCAAUCAUAUCUCACGAGUCGCACUUUCGUGACGAGUGUGAUGUGAUUGCAAACUUCACGAGAUGAGAUAUAAAUCAUAUUUGACAACAACAAAAAAAACCAUGAAAUUUUCUAUUUAUUAUAUAACUUUUGACAAUUUACCUUUAUUUUUAAAAUGCCAGCAGCAAAAUAGUUACGGCUUUCUUACAGUGAAAAUAACAGUUUCUACAGUGACGAUAACACAUUUUAGAGUAAAAUAGUAACCGAUAAAUGGGUCACGCAGAUUAUGAAUUCUCGGAAGCCCGUCAGAUGUAGAGUAAUGGGUCAUGGGACUGUUUGAGGUUAUAUUACUCCAAAUGUGCCACCAUUCCUUUUGAAGAAGAAUAAUUUUAUUUUAUUCAACGACACCACUGGAGCACAUUGAUUUAUUAAUCAUCAGCUAUUGGAUGUCAAAAAUUUGGUAAUUUUGACGUAUAUUCUUAGAGAGGAAACCCGCUACAUUUU